CAGCCCCUAGAAUCACGCCUACAGUUUAACCUCUAAUACCCAACAUCAUUAUAUCUCGUGACUCAAAACUCAUCAUGGCCACCCAGAAAGCAAUCGUCGUCACCGCUCCCCAAAAGGCGGACUUGGUCACCGACAGACCCAUUCCCACUCUGCGCGACGAUUAUAUCCUCGUCAAGACCGUCAGCGUCGCCCUCAACCCCACAGACUGGAAGCACAUCGAGUUCCUGGCCCCCCCAGGCUCUUUGAUCGGAUGUGACUACUCCGGCGUCGUCGAGGCCGUUGGCAAGGACGUCAAGAAGCCCUUCAAGAAGGGCGACCGCGUCUGCGGAUUCGCCCACGGCGGAAACGCUGUUCAGCACGAGGACGGAGUUUUCGCCGAGUACAUUGUGGCCCAGGGCGACCUCCAGGUUCUCAUCCCGGACAGCCUGAGCUUUCAAGAGGCGGCGACGCUCGGCGUUGGAAUCUCAACUGUUGGCCAGGGACUGUACCAGAGCCUGAAGCUGAACUUGCCCACGGAGCCGCUCAAAGAGUCGGUGCCCAUCCUGAUCUACGGCGGAUCAACCGCCACCGGGACGCUGGCCAUUCAGUUUGCCAAGCUCUCCGGAUAUGAAGUCAUCACAACUUGCUCUCCCCACAACUUUGAUCUUGUCAAGUCGCUCGGCGCCGACAAGGUCUUCGACUACCGCUCCGCAGACGCCGCGGCUGAGAUUCGCAAAUACACCAACGACAACCUCAAAUAUGUCUUCGACACCAUCUCUCUCGAGGCGAGCGCCAAGUUCUCCGACGAAGCCCUGUCCACCGAGGGAGGCGAGUACAGCUCGUUGCUCCCCAUCGCCAUCGAGCGAGCCAACGUGAACGACAGGUCGACGCUGGCUUACACCGUCGUCGGCGAGGAGUUCCUCUUUGGCCCGAAUACCAUCCCUGCAAAGCCCGAGGAUAAGGAGUUCGGCAUUACCUUUUGGGAAUUGGCUAUUAAGCUGCUGGGUGAAGGCAAGGUCAAGGUGCAUAAGCCUAGCGUCCGGUCGGGGGGUCUCAAGGGUGUUCUCGAGGGGCUGCAGUUGAUGAAGGAGGACAAAGUCAGCGGAGAAAAACUUGUUUACAAUGUAUCCAGCGAAUAAGCUUGAGAAGUAAUUAAUGAUC